CAUGGAUGAGGACGCGAUUCUCACGGCGGACAUGGCGGUUCUGAUGCAGGUCGCCACUCCCAUGCUGCAGGCAGAAGACUCGCGGCUGGCCACCGCGGCACUCCUCGUGCGAAGAUUGCAAACCAAUGCAGAAGAGGAACAAGAAUUCAAAAAGAUCCUUCGGCUUCUUGCCACAACGUGCAGUUCGGACCAGUUCUUGCUUGAUAUGAUGCUUGAGUUGCUCAUGACUGUAGAACACAAAGUUCCAGUCAUCAAUAGUAUUGCACUCGCUGCUGCAGGGAGCUCAGCCGAGCAGUUGUCGCCGGUCCUCGAUACGUACAGAGACCUUUUGAACUCGGAUCGCGAUCUCCUUGUUCCCAUCAUCGGCUCCAUUUCUGAGCUCGACCUGAGCAUAAGUCAGAGAGAAAGCUUCUUGGAACUGAUAUCAGGAUCUUUGAAAGUUGUCAAGGAUCAAGACGUGCCCGUUGUUGUGAACGCAAUGCUCCAAAUUACAACACAAAGCAAUGCUUGUCACAUUGCUGCAAGAAUGUUCCAGUUGAAAUCUCUUACAUUCUACAUGGAUCUAUAGUCUCUUCCAUUCGUACACGCCCAUUCUUUGCAAAGGCUUUCUUUGCGGGCUUGAAGGACAUCAGAGGGGGCAAUCAUCUAUCCACACUGGACCUCUUCGUCUUGAUCGCUCUAUUUCGAGUUGCAAACAAGAGACUUGCAGCCAAAGAAGCCUUCCGCUCUGCCUUCCUCCGAUCUUUCUUGGAUCGCAAUCAAGAUCAGUGUGAUGGAAUCUUGGAAAGUUUG